CAGUAUUGACGACGACAAACUUCCGCGACCGACUGGAAAGUGAGGAACCAACUUCGCUAACUAGCAGGUUUUAAGCCUCGCGUUGGCAAUGGGGGACAUGAAGACCCCAGACUUUGAUGACUUGCUGGCAGCUUUUGACAUUCCUGACAUCGAUGCUAAAGAAGCGAUUCAGUCGAGUCCAGAGGAGGACAAUCAGGACGAGGAGAGGACGAAUGCAGAGAAGCGAGACGGUGGAUCUCCUUCGUGCUUUCCUGGACCUCCUGCCUCUCAGAGCGACCCGCCGGUUGUCAGCGUUAUUGUCAAGAACACGGUGCGUUCAGAGUCUUUUGAAGAGGAGGAAGUAUCCGUCAGGGAUAAAACAGACAAUUCUCCGAGAAGUGACUCAGCCUCUCAUGACUUCACCACGCAGGGUAGUCCCAAACCUUCUACUGAAGCUUCCACGGAGCCCCAGAUUGCAAACGGUUUGGAGAAGUCAAAAUCCAACAUCGAGCCGUGGUCCCAGUCCUCACCUCUGAAGUCCACACUGGAUGAGAGCGAUAAAGGAGCCAAAGCUGGAUCGGUUCAGCACACAGCAGAUGUCAUAAACGACCUGAAGCCUCUCCUCUACCCUCAGGAUUCCAUCACUACCGGUCCCACCUCACCUCCUCCUCCCUCCGGCAGCCCUCACCUUUCUCCUCCUUCCAGUGGUAACCCGCGAUCCUCCCCUUUACCACAAAACGACAAAACUGGAGUCAAGCUCGUUAUGCACACAGAUGAAGACGACUCUGAACCAGACUUGGGAAGUCCGCUGGUGAUCCAGGAGAGUCCAGAACCUGUAAUGUCCUCUCCACCUAAAUUCAGGCACAGAGCUAAAUUACCUCCAGAUCUUCUCAGAUCUCCUGAAAUUCCUCCAACACUCACAAAUCCCCAACAAGAGAAGGACGGGACCAAGCCCAGCUCUCCUCACUCAGAUCCUCAGCCUCAGAGCAGCCAGGACAGCCUCCCUCCUGUCAGCUCCACAUCGAUCCACGAGGAAAAAUACCCAGAGCAUGUGAUCGACGAGAGAGAUUCCCCUGAGAGCCCACCGCCCAGCGAGACGGGCCUGGUGGUCCCCAACAGAAGCAGCAGUCCAUCUCCAGCUGUGAAGGAGCUCCAACCCCAAGAGGAUCCAGAAGACACAGAAGAGCUGAAGGAGAAGGCGGCUGGAGAUGAGGAGAAGUUAAAUGAGAAGAGCUGUGAUGCUGCUGCUGAGCCUGUUAGUGUUGCAGAGGCAGUUUCACCUCCAUUAGGACCCCUCAAAGUUAAAAUCAAAACGCCUAUAGGCAGCAUCACGAGGACUGUAACCGGCGCUGCGCCUAAAAGAAGCAAAAGAGCUUCUAGAAAGAGCGGAUUCGGUUCAAAACCUGCAGCAGAACGUCAAAACACCAGAUCCAAACGAAAGCUGUCUGCCGAGAUGGUGCUCCAGAACGCUGAGACGAAAACCGCCAAAGCCAAGGUUUCCGCCGCAGCGGUGAACAUCACGAAAACCGCAGCGCUGCCCUCCAUCUCGUCUUCCAGGUCGAGUCCAGGCUCGAUCAACCUGCGCAGCCUAGGCCAGAAGACCAUCAACAGCGGGAUGAUGCUGCCGACGCCGUUACCUCUGCUGCCUCCUCAGACCAGCAGCCGGCCGGCCUCCAUAGUGAACAGCACCGGGGCCAUCAUAUCCAAGAGCCAGACCAACCUGGUGGAUGCCUUCAACAAAAUCCUCAACAACAAGAACCUGCUGCCCAGUUACAAACCGGACCUGAGCGCUCCUCUUCCAGCAGAGUGGGGCAUCUCUCUUCCUGUACAGGGCUUCCGCUGUCUGGAAUGCGGCGACGCCUUCGCCCUGGAGCAGAGUUUGGCGCAGCACUACGAUCGGCGCUCGCUGAGGAUCGAGGUGACCUGCAACCACUGCGCCAAACGCCUGGCCUUCUUCAACAAGUGCAGCCUGCUUCUGCACGCCAGAGAGCACAAGGAGAGAGGCCUGAUCAUGCAGUGUUCACACCUGGUCAUGAAGCCUGUACCUGUGGAGCAGAUGGUCAGCCAGCAGGAGCACGUGGCGCCUGCCAAGGCCAUGCCAAAGCCAACACUACAUAAGGCCUCAGAAGCAGCUCACAGCGGGAGUGUUAAAUGUCCGGAGUGUCAGGCUCAGUUCAGCAGCAAGGAAGAGGUGGCCGAGCAUUUCCAGGAGAUCAGACCAGCACACAGCACUCCGUGCCCAGACUGUUCUCCUCCCAUGCUGCUGCCCAACGGCUGCAGUUCAGCAGCUCAUCAGCGAAUCCACCAAAGCUGCUCGCCGCACGUCUGCCCAGAAUGCGGAGAGACGGCCAAGCAGGCGCUGUUUCGGACGCAUCUGGAGGAGGCAUGCUUGCACUUUUCCCGCCGCAUUGGAUACAGAUGUUCCAGCUGCCUGGUGGUGUUUGGAGGCCUCAACUCGGUCAAGUCUCACAUGCAGCAGGCUCACUGUGACACGUUCCACAAGUGCCCCAGCUGUCCGAUGGCUUUUAAAUCUGCCCCCAGCAUCCAGAGCCACAUUUCCGCCCAGCACCCGACGCUCGCUCAGGGACAGCCCAUGUUGAUCUAUAAAUGUGUGACGUGUGACACCGUUUUCACGCAGAAGCCUCUGCUGCACGCCCACUUCGACACGCAUUUGACCAAUCAGAAGGUGCACGUGUUUAAAUGCCCGGAGUGCACCAAGCUGUUUUCUCAGAGGAGUUCCCUGCUGGACCAUUUCAAGACCCACAAGGCCUCUUCGCUUAAAGAGCCUUCAUCUCCGCCCGCCUCCUCCAGUUCUCGGCCGUCGGAGAGCUCAGACGGAGAGGAGUUGACGCACGAAGACGAGAAAGUGAAGACGGAGAAGAUAAAGCGUCCGUCUUCGUGGAACUGUCUGUCGUGUCACACGCGUUACACAGACCAGGACGACUACAUCAAUCAUAUGAGGGAGAAACACGGCAAAAAGCUGAAGAAGUUUCCCUGUAACAAAUGUGAGAACUCCUUCACCACCCCGUCCAAUCUGACCCGUCACAUCAGAGAUAAACACAAAGCUGCGAAUGGAGGCCUUCAAUGCCAGUUUUGCACUGAUGGGGAGAAAACCUUCAGCAGCAGAGUGAUGCUGGAGAGACACGUUCUGCUGACUCACAUCAUGGACUGUGUGAACCAGGACACGCUGACGGAAGGCGGAGAUGAAGCCGACAGCUCUUCAGAACAGGACGGCGGUUCGGUGGGUCGCCGGAGACGGAGAGGAGCCGCGAACAUCGACCGGGAUGAAGAGUCUGCAGGCGCCACGAGUCCGGUGAAGAAGCCGCGGCCCGACGCUCCUCCUGAGCCGGGGCUUCGCUGCGCCCCCUGCGGCUUCACCACCGAGGACCAGGCCGCCUUCCUGGAGCACAUCGGCCAGCACCGGCGGUCGGGUUCGGAGGGCGGCGGGCUGCAGUGUCUGCAGUGCGGCGCCUGCUUCACCUCCACCUCCUCCCUGUCGCGCCAUCGCUUUAUCACCCACAAAGUCAAGGAGGCUUUCGGCGACGCCCAGCAGCCAUCUCCCUCCCCCGGCAAAAGCAGGAACCACGAGGACCGGGGCUCUCUGAACGGUUCUGCUCCGGCGUCGCCCUCCGGCCAGCCCGACGAGGACGGGGCUCUGGCCUGUAAGGUGUGUGGGAAACACUUUGAGAAGGCGUCAGAUCUGAACACACACUUCAGAACUCACGGGAUGGCUUUUAUCAACGCACGGAACGCAGGAAAAACUACCUGAGAUGGCAAAAAAAAAAGGGAAAAUCAGUGUCCGGAGGUGAUAAAAGAAUAUUUCCAAGUGCCUUUUUAUCGUUGAACUUGUGAAUUUUGCACCUCUGCACUGAUUUUACCAAAUAUUUCUGAUCGAUAUGGAACACACUGUGAUUUAGGGCUGCAGCUACCGAGUCUGCUGAUCAUUUUCUCGAUUAUUCGAUCACUUGUUUGGCCUAGAAAAUGCGCGAAAAUUAUGUAAAAUCACAUCUUUAAUUCUUCACCACCCAAAGAUACUCGGUUUACUGUCAUAAUGGAGGGGAAAAAAAUGCAAAUAUUCACAUUCAGAAAGCUGCAAUAAGAGAAUAUGGACGUUUCAGACUAGUUUAGCAGAUGAAAACUAAUCGAUUAAUCCUGGAAAUUCUAGUACGAUUCUCACAGACGAGCCUUAAUCUUGUUGCACUCAGGAUCUGAAGCUGCGUUUGUGCUCCGUAACGACAAGAUUAGAGCCGCUUUCUUGACUUCCACGCGCCUGCAGAGUACUGUAAAUGAUGCAAUAAUGAUCCUGCUGUGAUCGUGACAGCUGUUUGAGUGAAUGUGGAUGAACGGCGACGGAAUGUGCCUGUUUCGAUUUCAAUAUUUUUACUCUAGUCCGGGUGUUUUAGUGAAAAGUCCCUCUUUCUCAAGUGGUUUGGGUAUGAUGUUGACUCGGGUAACUUAUUGUUGGCCAUUUUCCAAAGCUGACACACCUGUUUCUUUUAUUAUAUAUUCUGCAGCUGCCCUUAUAAAGAACGUACGUGGAAAAUACUGCUUUUUCCUGCUUAUUGCACCGUUUUAGGCUUUUACCGUCUUACUUAUACAUCCAAUAUGAAAUAAGGUGUCAUUUAAUGGGUUAUCUGGAGUUUAAAAUCAAAAAUAUCAGCAUCGUAGUCCGUAUUUACCACCCAUUACUAUUCCCUACUAGCCUAGCCACGCUACACCCAUGUUUCUGACGGCACAAGGGUCUAGGCACGCUCAACAGGGAGGGAGGCGGGCUAAAAGGUUGUCUAUCAAAUCACUCUACAGCAAUUGGGUAGGUGUACAACCAAUCAGUGCAACGAAUAGGCUCCUAGAGCGCCGAAAUCAGAGGAUGCGGUAGUUCGGUGAAGCCUUAUUUAUACAGUCAAUGGGUGAAGCUCAAGUAUAUUACAGACAUGUUAACAGAAAGAUUAUUCAGAGUCGGUGCUAAUGGAGCUCAACGACUGUUGUCGUUUUUGUUGUCGACCCUGGCAGAGAAUUAAAUUCGUUGCCGUGGGUUGUCUAGCGUGGCUAGGCUAGUUGUUUCCGGUUGUUUCUGUCAGAAUCGUCGCGCCUCUGUCGUCACUUCGUUACGCCCGCCUUCUGACUCUACACUUCAUGGUGAUUGGUCCGGCCAGUUUUAGGAGCAUCCUACCUCGAACCUUAUGGAGGGUAACUAGACCCACCCUGGCAGAGAAUUAAAUUCGUUGCCGUGGGUUGUCUAGCGCGGCUAGGCUAAUUCCCUACUAUUAUAACAAAAGCUUCAUUCGUGGCUGGAAUUGACAGCGUAUUGUAAUGUUUUUUGCAUCUAGACACACUAAUGGACCUAUAAUGAAGUCUGGAGAGGCUCAGAGCACUUGCCUCCUGUUCUGGGGUAGCUUUAGCUGAAAAUGUUGGUUUUUUUUUAGCUAGUUUUACAGCGCUACAGUGUGUCUGAAAAGCAAGCCUUGUCCGCCUCCCACUCACCGUAGCUUCUGACAUAAUUACAUGUAUCUGCAACAUCAUUUACCUGAGUCGUCUAAUUUAGUUUCUCUGUAAUUACAUUUUUGACAGAUAGAUUUGACAUGUGACCCAGUGUAGUUGGAUUUUUUAAGGUAUUUUUUUGGCUGUUUACAUUGUUUUAUAACCUAAAUGUUCUUCUGACAUACUAGAUAGCGUGGUAAUAUCGGUAUUUGUAUUUCAGAUUGACACCCAGCAGUUGGCUUUAGUACAUUUUGGUGUUAAAAUGAAAAUUAUUGAUGGGUCACCUGUUGAAUUUCUUUUAGUGUUUACCCAGGCAACGUUUUCUCACUGAGCUGCAAUGAAAUUAUACUAACAGAAGAUGUAGUUAUGAACUAAAGAUACGGUAUUUUUUAAAAGAUUCCCAUUGACACAGUCUUACUCUGACAUCUGAAACCUUUUUUAUCACCUUAGUCUCAGCUUUACAAUCUAAUUCUCUACUUAAAAUUGGAGUCCCGUUACGCAUGUUCACUGCCAGGUCUGUAAAUGCACGUAGUUGUGUAUCCACAUUAGGCAGACUUCUCAGGAAUUUUCUUUUGUAUUUCUGUCGAGCUAAAAUGAACGUGGACCAACAGCUCUCUUCUGAAAUCUAGGGCUGGCUCGAAUGGUGGAUUCUGGUCUCCGGAUAUUCGGGUAUCCGAAUAUUCGCCCGGGGGGAGGGGCGAAUAUUCGGAUACCAAAAUUAAUAUCCGGAUACGAAUAUUCGGCUAUUCGGGUCCAGCCCUACUGAAAUCACACCUUAAAACUGACUGCUUUGGAAAAUGGCUCAGCAAUAAUGCACCUUUUUAGACACACUAUAUUUAUUGGGGUGAAACAACCCGAGAACCUUUUAAAUGAAUACCUUUUUAAAUGAAAAGUACUGUAUUUACAUCACCUUUAUUCCAUCUCAGUGAGCAAGAGGUUUAUGGUCAUUCAGAUUUUUGCUGUUUUUUGUUGUUUUUUUUAAUGCAGGCACAUGUACAUAUGUCUAAAUCUGGCUUGAUGAGAUGACUGUAAACAAAAGAUUAGGGUGUAUUUAUUGUGUCUGUUCCUUAUGUUUUCCUAAGAACAUGCUAAACGGUGUGUUUCUCCAGCGUUUGACACUGCUAAAAAACUAAAAAUCUUUGUUCUGUAGAUAUAUAUCAGAUGUUCCCAUGCAGUAUCAUUUAAAUGUCACAGAUUCAAAAUUGUGUUACCUCUGGAUGAUUGCAUUACUUAUAAAUUAGAGUAUUUCCUCUUGUGGACAAUCAUAGACGAUUAUCAGUGACUAUAGUAAAAUUUCAGGGCCCAAAGUAGAAAUUCAAUGCAACAAAAAAGUGAACGCAUUUGAUCGUUGAAGCUAAACUGAGUCCACCUGUGCUUUCCAACAAGCGUAACUAAAUGGACAUGGUUCUAAAAUGAGCUGCAAACAGCAGAACCUCCUCAGUUUUGGGUCUGCAUCAUGGCUCCACGUGGAAAAGAAUUGACAGAAGAACUGAAAAAUCUAAUUGUGAGACUUAAAGAUGGAAAAGGACACAAGAAGAUCCGUUAGCAUCAGUGGAAACGCAGUAGCAAUGUAAUCAAAAGGUAAAGAUGGAGUCAUAGUAGCAUUAAUCAUGGCUGCAGUGGUCGUCCUCCUAAAAUGACUCCACAGACGGUGAACUACUUUCACAAUCCAGCCAUGAAAAAACAGACCGCAGCGGCUUCAGACUUGGUACAGGAGUUUUUGUGAAGCUCAAAUAGUGUGAAAGAGAAUUUAUAACUUCAGCCUCUGUGGAUUCCAUCCAAGAAAAGAACCAGUUUCUGUCUCCUCAGCAGAAAACAGAAGCCUGACAAAUGUUAGAGAACAUUCUUUGGUCAGAUGAAGAUAAAUUUGUUGGGCUCAGAUGGAGUUCAGCAUGUUUGGUGUGAACCUGACCAGGACUACCACAGUGGAUGUAUAGUCCUGACAGUGAAGCACGGAGGUGGAAGUAUGAUGAUAUGGGGAGAUGACAUUUAUAGAUGGAUGUGUGUGGAUAAACCAAAAAUACAGGCUUAUAAGAAGCUGGAAGAAGAGGAAUAUUCCAGUGUAAGAAAGUUAGAACAUCAGUCUGUCAUCAAAAGUAAAGAUGAACCUACAAAGUACUGAAAAAAUAACAAAAAUUCAAACCUCACUAAUGAACGAUGUACUGUUGGAUUUGACAUUUCUGUGACAUUGCACAUGUCCUUCUGUUGUAUACUGUAUUUCUGCCAGCGAUACAUCAACAGUACCUGUAGACAGAGUUAGUAAUAUCUAUGCAAUGUUUGGUCAAAACUAAUUCUGUCUUUAAUGUGCUGUAGUCAGUAAUGACCUGUGUGUGUGUGUGUGGUUACUUUCUCAGGAUUUUACUUAGUGCUUUAACAAGAAUGCUUCUAUUUAUCUGUUUUUGCAUUAACAAAACCAAUUCUAACCAAAUGUUUAUACAAAGAAAACAUUAAUAAAAACUGGCACACUGGCUUUAACUUGC